UCUCUUGGCUCUAUCUCUCUCUUCGGCCCUUCUCUCUCCAGAUCAAUCAGAAUUCGGAUCAACCCUUCAUUGUCCGUCUCUUUCCACAAAACCACUCUCUAUCCGUGAAACCAACCGCGAAUCUCACAGAAGUUUCCUUCUUCAGCUCAAAAAACAUACGCCAUGAUUUGAAUCACCAGGAAUUAAUCGGACCACCCCAACCAGAAUGGCGUGGUUCAGUGGGAAAGUCUCUUUGGGGAACUUCCCCGAUCUCGCCGGGGCCGUGAAAAAGCUCCAGCAGAGCGUCAAGAACAUCAAGAAGAAUUUCGAUAGCGCCCUUGGGUUCGAAGAAAAAGAGAAGGCCGAAUCCGGUAAUGAAGCUUCAGGAUUAUGGCCUUCGUCUACUGAAAGGAAAUUGCUAUUUGAUCCUGUUAUAUCUUUUAUGGGACAAACAAAUGAGGGAAGUAGUGUUGAUUCAUCACAGAAAGCUGAGUCUUCAGAGCAUCCGCCAAAGGUUGACAAAUCAUCAGGGGAAUCUGAAUCUCCACAAAAACUCUCUACUGUUGAGGCAAAGGAAGGGGUCAAAACAGAAACUUUACAACACUCUUCAACUGAACAGAUGGCUGAUAAGGAGGAAACUGAAGUUGUCAAGGAAGAAACAGAUGAUAAGCAUGCUGCGACGGUGGAGGAAACAGAGACUGUGGUAGCAGAGCCUGAAAAAUCUGAAUCUGAAUCUGAAAAAUAGAAAAUCUAUAUGUUGGGGGUUUUCUGGCUAGCUAAAAAUCUAUUAUAAUGGCAAAACCAGCAGGUGACCCUAGUGAGAGAGAUCAGCAUGCAGGGAUGGAUGAGGACUAAUUUUGUGUGUAUGACAAUUGACUAUCUUUGCUUGUAUUGCUCUAUGUUAGGGAUCUUUUGUUCCAUUUUAGUAACAAUUUUGUUUAGGAGAAAAAGAAACAUAUUGCAGUUCAUGCUUUGUAAAUGCCAC